GAGCAACAACACAUACGCCAGCAGAGUGGGCGGGCCCCGGUGACGCAGUAGGAGGGCGGGGCGUUGCAUCCUGCGUUGAUUGACUGAUCCGGUUCCCUACCUGCUGCAGGCGGAUCUGGUCAAGGAUCUGGACCGGGCCGUGAACCGGAGCCGGUACCGGGAUGGGGAACUCGGACACCAAGCUGAACUUCAGGAAAGCCGUCAUUCAGCUCACAACGAAAACCCAGCCAGUUGAAGCUACAGAUGAUGCCUUCUGGGACCAGUUCUGGUCUGACUCUGCCACCUCUGUGCAGGAUGUCUUUGCUUUGAUCCCAGCUGCUGAGAUUCGUGCAGUACGAGAAGAAUCGCCAUCAAACUUGGCCACAUUAUGUUACAAGGCAGUGGAAAAACUGGUGGCCGGUGCCGACAGCGGAUGUCACUCGGACAAUGAAAAACAAAUGGUUUUAAACUGUGCUCGCCUGCUGACUCGUGUACUGCCAUAUAUCUUUGAGGACCCGGACUGGAGAGGAUUCUUCUGGUCAUCAGUGCCUGGUGCUGGGCACAACCAGGAUGAUGAAGAUGAGGAUGAUGGAUCGCGUCCCCUGGCGGAAUCUCUCCUCCUUGCCGUUGCUGAUCUUCUCUUCUGUCCUGAUUUUACAGUGCAGAGUCACAAGAGGAGUGGGACGGAUGCCGCAGAAGACAUUCACACGCUUGACAGCUGCGAGUACAUCUGGGAAGCUGGUGUUGGCUUUGCUCACUCACCUACACCCAACCACACGCAUGACCUCAACAGGACAGAACUUCUCAAACUCCUACUGACGUGUUUCUCUGAGGCAAUGUAUCUUCCGCCUUCAUCAGAGAACAGUGGUACAAGCAAUCCCUGGGUGCAGUUUUUUUGCUCCACAGAAAAUCGACAUGCACUACCUCUCUUCACAUCACUCUUGAACGUGGUGUGUGCAUAUGACCCUGUUGGUUAUGGAAUUCCUUACAACCACUUACUUUUUUGGGAUUCUCGUGAGCCAUUGGUCGAGGUCUCUGCCCAACUGCUCAUUGUCACGUUGGACUCUGACCCUUCCACUACAUCUGGCCCCAGCAUGGAUGGAACUACCACUAGCACUGCCAUGGAUGAGGGUGAUAAUCCAGCACCAGACAAUCUGUUUGUGAAUUAUCUGUCACGGAUCCACAGAGAGGAGGACUUCCAGUUCAUCCUGAAGGGACUUGCUCGUCUGCUCCUUAAUCCACUCACUCAGACAUAUCUACCAAAUUCCACUAAGAAAAUCCAAUUCCACCAGGAACUGCUGGUUCUUUUCUGGAAACUAUGUGACUUUAACAAGAAGUUCCUGUUCUUUGUUCUGAAGAGCAGUGACGUCCUGGAUGUACUGGUUCCAAUUCUGUUCUUCCUGAAUGAUGCACGAGCGGACCAGUCCCGUGUUGGUCUAAUGCACAUCGGGGUUUUCAUUCUUUUGCUGUUAAGCGGUGAGAGGAAUUUUGGAGUUCGUCUCAACAAGCCAUACUCUGUGAGAGUCCCGAUGGAUAUCCCAGUGUUCACAGGAACACAUGCAGACCUGCUUAUUGUGGUUUUUCACAAGAUCAUCACCAGUGGACAUCAGCGUUUACAACCUUUGUAUGACUGCCUGCUGACCAUCAUAGUGAAUGUAUCUCCAUACCUAAAGUCCCUUUCCAUGGUAGCGUCUAACAAAUUACUGCAUCUGCUUGAAGCUUUCUCCAGUCCUUGGUUCCUCUUCUCCUCCCCACAAAAUCAUCAUCUUGUUUUCUUCCUGCUGGAAGUUUUUAACAACAUUAUCCAGUAUCAGUUUGAUGGUAAUUCUAGCCUAGUUUAUGCCAUUAUCCGGAAACGUAAUGUAUUUCACCAGUUAGCAAACCUUCCAUCAGACACCCCAUCCAUCCAACGUGCACUUCAGAGGAAAAAGAAAACAGCCGAACCCCUGUCACGCACCAAUUCUGAAGAUAGCGCAUCCAUGGAAGGCUCCCGGCCUGCUGCCCCAGCAGAACCUGGCACCCUAAAGACCAGUCUAAUAGCCACGCCUGGUAUAGAGAAGCUGACCGAAAAAUCUCAAGUGUCAGAAGAUGGAACUCUACGAGCUGUGGAUCCUGAAGUCCCUUUAUCACCGGGAGAAAGCAACCUAUCCCGUCCAUUGAGUGACACAGAGUCUCAGAGCGGGGAUGCUACACAGGGCCGACAGAGCAGACGUCACUCCAGCGCAUCUUCUCAGUGGAACCCAACUACAGACUGGGUUAUGUCUUGGAAGGUAAAACUGCCCUUGCAGACAAUCAUGAGGCUGCUGCAGGUCCUGGUUCCACAAGUAGAGAAGAUCUGCAUUGACAAGGGGCUAACUGAUGAGUCUGAAAUUCUAAAGUUUCUACAGCAUGGGACCCUGGUGGGUUUACUACCUGUGCCUCACCCCAUUCUAAUCCGCAAAUAUCAGGCCAAUGCCGGCACUGCUAUGUGGUUUCGCACAUAUAUGUGGGGUGUCAUCUACUUGAGGAACAUGGACCCUCCUAUUUGGUAUGACACGGAUGUGAAGUUAUUUGAAAUCCAGAGGGUUUAGACAUAACUACUGAAUAUUAACCAACUGCUAAGUACCUGUCGUGCAUAAAGUCAUCAAGUCUUGUCAUAGGAUGUCCUCUUUCUGGCGCUCAAGUGUUUGCACAAGUUAUUGACUACUUAUAACCAAACCACUAUCUGCUUCAUGGAAAGACCACAUAUCAAUCCAUGUGUACUACUGAUAAGAUUUUGUUAUUUUCAUAUUUUUGUUUUACAUAUUGAUUCAGUUUGUAGCUGAGGACAUUGUAGCUGCUUUUAAAGUGUGAUGUCUGGUAUCUCCUGCCAGCAUUGUAAUGGGCCACAUGUCAACUGAGCUAUGUCUACACUAGGUUCUUGCUACGUCUGUAAUGUUUGCCCACAUUGUCUUGUACCUGAGUGGGUGUUAAGUCUGUGUUAAAGAGCAAUUCCUCCUGUUCAAAGAAUUCAUGUUUUAUGAUCUGUGUCUUUUUAUUGUGUGGUAUUACCUGGACCAAACAAUUACUAGCCUUAAAGGGGUACUCUGGUGGAAAAACAAAUGUUUUCAAAUCAAAUGGUUCCUGAAGGGUAAAUACAUUUGUAAAUUAUUUCUACUUAAAAAUCUUAACCCUUCCAGUACUUAUCAGCUGCUGUAUACUACAGAGAAAGUUGUGUAGUUCUUUUCAGUCUGACCUAAUUUCUCUCUGCUGCCACCUCUGUCCAGAGCAGAAGCAAACCCCUGCUCUGGUCAGUUCCUGACACGGACAGAGAUGACAGCAGAGAGCACUGCGGUCAGACUGGGAAGAACUAGACCACUUUCUCUGGAGCAUACAGCAGGUGAUAAGUAACGGAAGGCUUAAGAUUUUUAAAUAGAAAUAAUUUACAAAUCUGUAUAACUUUCUGUCAUUAGUUCAUUUGAAAACAUUUUUUUUUUCCACCGGAGUACCCCUUUUAGUGAUGUACGCCAUUGACCACUUUACAUUUUGCUCUCAUAAAAUUUUGAUGGCUUUCUUAAUUUGUGUCUGGUGUCUGGCCAGUUUUCCAGCUGCGUUCAGAGCUGUGUGCGCGCUGUGGGGGUCGGCCACGUCCCCUCAAUGUAAGUCUAGCCGUCACGCCCCUCCCAUUGACUUACAUUGAGGGGGCGUGGCCUGAAGGUAUGCAGGGGCGUGGUCGACCCCCCGCAGCGCGCACACAGCUUUCGGAACUAAAUGUUCUGAAAGCAGCUGGAACACUGGCCAGUGGAGUACCCCUUUAAUGCAAUUUCAGAACAGGCUAAAGAGAAUAGUUUACCAUGUCAGCCUGUUGGAAAUAUUAUUGCUCUCAGAAAGACAAACCAUAUAAUAGUCCUGCGGUUAAGCUUCUACAGGAAGCUUUCUAUAUGCCACAAAGCAGCAUGUGAAGUUAGGAACACCGCAUAAUCAAAACAUACAGUAUAGUGGUAAGUGUAAUAACUUCCUAAGAUAGGCCGAAAUUGUUAACAAAGUGGCCAACCGCUUUAGAAACUUCAGCUUGCUGUUGUUUAAUGAAUUAUUAUGUAUGUAUAUUUUAUCAGAUGUGUUGCACCAUACUGAUGAAAAGAUGAUGUAAGUAGUCUUAAAAUAAGCCAUUAAAUUGUAUCUUAACCGCAAAGCCUAUUGCUUUGCUCCUGUUGUUGAGAGCACGAAGACCUAAUAUAGGCUAUAACCCAACAUUUGUGAAAAGAUGUGUAAUUAAUUUGCUUUAUUUCCCUCCUGGAUCCCUCGCUACUGCCAAUCCUAUCUGUUUCUUCCUGAUGCACUGACCUGCAGGAGCUGCCCAUUCAACCACUGCUGAGGCACGUCAAUUGGCUGAGCGGGCAGUUCCUGCAGAGUUCCGGCACAUUUUCAGAAGAAACUGGAACAGCAGUAGCGGAGACCGGUCAGUGUAUGGGUUUUUUAUUUUAACAAAAAAAUAAUUAUUCCCAGACAAUCCAUUUUAUUCUUUAUGUGCAAUGGUGUACAAAGAUGGACACAAACUUUAAGAGGAAGCUGUCAUUACUUUAUUGCGGUAUGAACCACAAGGCUGGUGAGGCAGGCAGAAGUCCUUGGUGACUUCUGCCUGCCCCAUCAGCCUUGAUUGACAUAUCUUUACUUGUCUAGUGGGGUGGGGAGAAACUGCUGAGACAACCCUGGUGACACAUGUUUUAGGCUGCAUGAAAGUGAUGGCAAGUACCCUUUAAAAAGUGUGAACCGCUUUGAGCACCUAGGAUUUGUGCCCAAAACUAAUGUCCGUUUCACCUACUAUCUUAGCAGAUGAAGAAACCUCUUGGUCUGAGGAUUAUGUUCCAUGAAAAUGACAUUUAGGGACUUUUAAGUGUAAAAUGGACCCGGUUUUAAUACAUGGAUGCAGUUUGAAGCCAUGUGUAACUGUGGUCAAGGGGCAAUUGCUCUUUAAAUCUCUCUUGUUAAAUAACACUACAUCUCCUCUGUGUGAAAGAAGUUAAUCUAUUAAAUUAUAUUAAUAAAUUGAUCUAUAAAUAUUAUAUAAAUUGUUACAAAGUGUCUGUACCUGUAAGCAAGUCAAAGGUUGCAGAGCUAUGACCCCGAUAGCCAGAUGGUGGCACCUGUUGGUAACGCUGCUGUGUAUUUUAACUGCUUCAUGCCUACAUUAUAUCCUAGUUUUACAGAGAUUUUUUUUUUCUUUUAAGAAUUAUUAGUGCUAAUGUUUGUGUAAAUACAGUUUUACAUUUUAAAGCUGA